AUGAUUUCUGCUAAGAAAACUCCGGAGAAGAGUCGUUAUCCUGUCCACUAUCUGGUGUGGCACAACAAGCACCGACAGCUGGAGAAGGAGCUGGCGUCCAACGAGCAGACUGAUUUAGAGUCACUGGACCCCCGGGGUCGAACGCCCCUCCACCUGGCUGUCACAUUGGGCCACCUCGACUGUGCCAAAGUCCUUCUGCUGCAUGGAGCGGAUGUCAGCAAAGAAAACCGCAACGGAUGGACCGUUCUUCAGGAGGCAGUGAGCACCAGGGACCCGGAGCUGGUGCGUCUGGUGCUUCGUUACCGUGACUACCAGAGGACUGCCAAGAGGCUGGCGGGCAUCCCCAUCCUGCUGGAGAGGCUGCGCCAAGCCCAGGACUUCUAUGUGGAGAUGAAGUGGGAGUUCACCAGCUGGGUGCCCUUGGUGUCUCGCAUCUGCCCCAGUGACACCUACCGCGUGUGGAAGAGCGGCCAGAGUCUCCGCGUCGACACCACGCUGAUGGGUUUCGAACAGAUGACCUGGCAGAGGGGAAACAGGAGCUUUAUCUUCAGAGGACAAGACUCGAACGCAGAGGUGAUGGAGGUCGACCAUGACAGACAGCUGGUGUACUGCGAGACCCUCUGCGUGUCGACUCUCGCAGCACUGUCACCUGGCCGAGCCAAAGGUGGAGCCUGCAGCAACUCGCCGGCCAGUCUGGGUCUGCUGGGGGCGAUCCAGCCCAGUGAUGAGCAGGUCGCUGCUCGGCUGUCUGCCCCUGUGGUCACCACUCAACUGGACACUCGCAACAUCGCCUUCGAAAGGAAUAAAUCUGGAAUUCUGGGCUGGAGGAGUGAGAGGACUGAGACCGUGAAUGGAUACGAAGCAAAGGUUUACGCGGCAUCCAACGUGGAGCUGAUCACCCGGACCAGAACUGACCAUCUCUCGGACCAGAACAAGAACAAGACCAAAGGCGGGAAGACUCCGCUGCAGAACUUCCUUGGGAUCGCUGAGCAGCACCUGGGACCAAACAAUGGGGCGCUGGUGACUCAGAUGUCCAGCCCAGGGGUGACCAACCCCUCGGCCCUGACCGCAGAAGAGUACUUCAACCCUGGUUUGUCACCAACCCUGAAGGACAUCGGUCAUCCAUGCCAGCUGACGACCAAGACCCAGAGAUUCAAGGCCAAGCUGUGGCUCUGCGAGUCGCAUCCUCUGUCGCUGGCAGAACAAGUGGUGCCCAUCAUCGACCUCAUGGCCAUCUCCAACGCUCUCUUCGCCAAACUCAGAGACUUCAUCACGCUGCGACUGCCGCCUGGCUUCCCUGUCAAGAUCGAAAUCCCUCUCUACCACAUCCUCAACGCCAGAAUCACCUUCAGCAACCUGAACGGCUGCGAAGAGGGGACAGGUGUUCGGAACGAGAGUGAAGUCGGGGGCGAGGGUGAGUCACAGCGGGAGACGCCCAGCGCCGACACGCCCUCUCCGGGCAGCGACUCCUCCAGCGUCUCCAGCUCCAGCGUCUCCAGUUCCAGUUCAACCAUGUCAUGCCGAACCAGUGAGAUCCCCCAGUGUGUGUUUGAGCCUCCUCCUGGAUACACCAUGCUGGGAGGCAAACAGAGAGACAGCAUGAGGGAGGAAGAGGAGGACCUGCUGCAGUUCGCCAUUCAGCAGAGCCUGCUGGAGGCCGGGUCCGAGUACGACCAGGUGACCAUCUGGGAGGCGCUGACCAAUAGCAAGCCAGGAACUCACCCACUCCCCUGUGACCCGAGUCGUCUGGAGAGGCUCCCCCAGCACAAGCCCCGCCCCUCUCCCAGCCUCUGCUCCACCCCGACCAAGAAGCAGCCGCCGGCCUGCAGCUACGACGAGCAGCUCCGCAUCGCCAUGGAGAUGUCGGCACGAGAGCAAGAGGAGGCGGAGCUCCGGCGGCGGCAGGAGGAGGAGCAGCUAAAGCACAUCAUCCAGCUGUCACUCAUGGAGAAAUGAGCGGGCGACACGGCUGGCACAGAGUUGAAGCGGCGCCAACCCUCACGUGACACCGGUGCCACCGGCUCAGCUACCAUGAUACUGAUCCAACAGCUGGAGUCUUUUCUGGGGGGGUCUUUUCAAAACCAGCGUCACUCACUUUCUCAACUGUGAUCGGAGAGAAGCAUGGACCCGUGUCGACCAAAAAUAAUCAAGUUCAGUUUGGGUCAAAACGAGCGACACUUAUACCCGGUACUAGUUUUGAUUUGCACAAAAUCCCGAUGUACUGUAUUUAGCUUGAUGUCGGAUUACAAACAUGAACAGUGGGUGUCAGCACAAACUGAUCUCAGGCCAGUUCAAAGCCUGCUCAGUCUGCAGGAUGUGCAGUUUACAGCUGGAGGCAUGUGAUGGAAGUGUGUCGUCAUGUAGAGAAAAACAAAAAAAAAAGCCCAGUUUCCUGAAUAUGUGCAUCUUCUUCCAUGAGCGGAUGCGUUGUGUACCUUUGUCAGGCUUGUGUGUACAGUAUUCCAGCAUGUGUGGAUGGGUCCGGCUUGUUUUUCUAUUCAAUAAUCACCUUUUUCUUCUCAGCACAAACAUGGAGGGGCACCUCUCCCCUCUCUCUCUCUCUAUAUAUAUAUAUAUAUACAGUACAUAUAUCCUAGUUAGGCUUGCCUGUUUGAUCAAUACGGUUUUUUACUUUUUGAAAUAAGCGGAUUUUCUGCAAUAAAGGAGAUGAAGCUGAAGUGUUUUCAGGGGUGAUGCUGGGGCGUGGUUCACGUGGCGCAAAUAAAGACACCAUUUUUUUUGGAACAGCAAGUUGCAUGUUGCUUUAUUGUUGGGUUCAGUUCUGAUCUGAGCAGUCAGAAGUGGGGAAGAGGAGCUACUUUACUUUGCACUUUACCUGCAUCAGUCUUCUGGAUUUUUUCAGAUGUAUUCUCAGCGUCUGUCUCGACUAGUUUUUAACAAGUGGCAGGUGAGGCUUCGUGAAAGUGUCCUCAUUUUCAGUGCACACUAGAUGGCACUCUCUGCUCUAAAAUCCUUUCGCUUUGCGCAACCAUUUCAAUUAGAUCAUUUUCAAACCAAGAGCACCACCUACUGAGCUCCGAAAAUGAGAACCAGGUUUCAUGAAGCCUUAUCAGUACAUCACUGGCUGAAAAGCAAAGCUCCAGCACUGAUCUUAGUGAGUCCUGGUCUCAACAUGUUUCAUUGGUGAUUUAGUUUUUGGUGCUCGACACUGGUGCAUGACAAUGGUAUGAAAAUCCAGCUCAGCUUGCUUUUCUGUUCUACACCCCCAUCCAUUCUCAGCUCAGCACGCAUACAUUUAAAUAUAAAACAUGCAUGAACUUUUAUAUCAAAUUCUUUGGCUUUGCUUUUUCUGAUUUAUUUUUCAUAAAAUAUCUUUAAAUGUAGAUUUGACCUGUGAUUCUGGAGCUCAUAACCAUUAUCAAAUGUCAUUUUGGCAAGUCGAUUUUAAGCCUUCAAAAACCAAAGAUGUAUUUAUUUUUGAACAACGAAAAAAAAUUACGUUUU